AUGAAGGAAGCAAUGGACAAUGCCUGUAUUAUGGGAACACUUGACACAGUGCAAUGGUUGAUAGAGAAUGUUGACAAUACAUUAUUUGAUAUGAAGGAAGCAAUGAACAAUGCCUGUUGGUCGAAAGACCUUGACAUAGUGAAAUGGUUGAUAGAGAAUUUUGACAAUAAAUCAUUUGAUCUGAAGGAAGCAAUGAACAAUGCUUGUAUGUCGGAAAACCUUGACAUAGUGACAUGGUUGAUAGAUAAUUUUGACAAUUAUUUAUUUAAUAUGAUAGAAGCAAUGAACAAUGCUUGUAGGUCGCCAAACCUUGACGUAGUGAAAUGGUUGAUGGUGAAUAUUGACAAUAAAUUAUUUGAUAUGAAGGAAGCAAUGAACAAUGCCUGUAUUAUGGGAACACUUGACACAGUGCAAUGGUUGAUAGAGAAUUUUGACAAUUAUUUAUUUAAUAUGAAAGAAGCAAUGAACAAUGCUUGUAGGUCGCCAAACCUUGACGUAGUCAAAUGGUUGAUAGAGAAUUUUGACAAUAAAUUAUUUGAUAUGAAGGAAGCAAUGGACAAUGCAUGUCUUAUGGGAACACUAGACACAGUGAAAUGGUUGAUAGAGAAUUUUGACAAAAAAUUGUUUGAUUUGAAGGAAGCAAUGAUUAAAGCUUGUUGGUCGAAAAACCUUGACAUAGUGAAUUGGUUGAUAGAGAGUUUUGACUAUAAAUUAUUUGAUAUGAAGGAAGCAAUGACGAAUGCCUGUCUUAUGGGAAAACUAGACACAGUGAAAUGGUUGAUAGAAAACUUUGACAAUAAAUUAUUUGAUAUGAAGGAAGCAAUGAAUGAAGCUUGUGGGUCGGAAAACCUUGACAUAGUAAAAUGGUUGAUAGUGAGUUUUGACAAUAAAUUAUUUGAUAUGAUAGAAGCAAUGGACAAUGCCUGUCUUAUGGGUAUACUAGACACAGUGAAAUGGUUGAUAGACAAUUUUGACAAUAAAGUAUUUGAUAUGACGGAAGCAAUGAAUAAAGCUUGUUGCUCGAAAAACCUUGACAUAGUAAAAUGGUUGAAAGAGAGUUUUGACAAUAAAUUAUUUGAUAUGAAGGAAGCAAUGAACAAUGCCUGCUGGUCAAAAAACCUUGACAUAGUGAAAUGGUUGAUAGAGAAUUUUGACAAUAAAUCAUUUGAUAUGAAGGAAGCAAUGAACAAUGCCUGUCGGUCGAAAAAUAUUGACACAGUGAAAUGGUUGAUAGAGAAUUUUGACAAUGAAUCAUUUGAUAUGAAGGAAGCAAUGAACAAUGCCUGCUGGUCAAAAAACCUUGACAUAGUGAAAUGGUUGAUAGAGAAUUUUGACAAUAAAUCAUUUGAUAUGAAGGAAGCAAUGAACAAUGCCUGUCGGUCGAAAAAUAUUGACACAGUGAAAUGGUUGAUAGAGAAUUUUGACAAUGAAUCAUUUGAUAUGAAGGAAGCAAUUAAUAAAGCUUCUGGGUUGGAAAACCUUGACAUAGUGAAAUGGUUGAUAGAGAAUGUUGACAAUAAAUUAUUUGAUAUGAACACAGCAAUGACUUAA